CUGCGUACUACGUCAUCAUGAUGAUCAUUCGUAAGUUCCUUUAUGGUCGAACAUUAAGGAAAACGGCUUAAUCCUAACUAAUACGUUAUCUUUUUCAAAGAAUUUUUGGAAUAUCUGCUUUAGGACCAGCAAGCUUCUUUAUAACGAUGCCAUUUCGCGAUCGUGAACGUGGUGAUAGGAGAGGCGGAGGUGGUUCUCGGGGAGGACGUUUUGGUGGACGAGAUGGAGGCAGUAGUAGUAGUGGUGGAAGAUUUGGAAAUAGCACGAACAGAGAUAGUAACAGUUUUGGAAAUAAUAAUUUUAAAAAUCGUCAACCUGGAGAACGGUUACGUAAACCUAGAUGGGAUAUGAGCACUUUGCAACCAUUUAGGAAAGACUUUUAUCAACCUCAUCCUAAUGUUACGACAAGAAGUCUUCAUACAGUAGAAGCUUAUCGUUCAGACAAAGAAAUCACAGUUAAAGGAUCUAAUAUCCCUGGGCCCAAUAUUUAUUUUGAAGAAGGUGGUUUUCCAGAUUAUGUUUUAAAUGAAAUACGCAGACAAGGUUUUGGAGAACCAACAGCUAUACAAGCUCAAGGUUGGCCUAUUGCUUUGUCUGGACGUGAUAUGGUUGGAAUAGCGCAAACAGGAUCUGGGAAAACGCUAGCUUAUAUUUUACCAGCUAUUGUACAUAUCAAUCAUCAACCUAGAUUAAAUAGAAACGAUGGUCCUAUAGCUCUUAUCCUGGCACCUACAAGAGAACUUGCACAGCAAAUACAACAAGUAGCAUCAGACUUUGGGGUUUCUUCACAGGUUAGGAAUACUUGCAUUUUUGGUGGGGCUCCUAAAGGUCCACAGGCACGAGAUCUGGAAAGAGGAGUUGAAAUUUGUAUAGCAACCCCUGGUCGUCUCAUAGAUUUUUUGGAACGGGGUACAACAAAUCUUCGUAGAUGUACAUAUUUGGUACUUGAUGAAGCUGAUAGAAUGCUUGAUAUGGGCUUUGAACCCCAAAUUAGAAAAAUUGUGGAACAAAUACGACCAGAUAGGCAAACACUUAUGUGGUCAGCAACAUGGCCAAAGGAAGUUCGUAAUUUGGCUGAAGAAUUUUUAACUGAUUAUAUACAAAUUAAUAUUGGCUCCUUACAAUUAGCAGCUAAUCAUAAUAUCCUUCAAAUAGUAGAUGUAUGUGAAGAAUAUGAAAAGGAAAAUAAAUUAAUGAAACUCUUGGAAGAAAUUUCUAAUGAACCAGAAAAUAAAACUAUAAUUUUUGUUGAAACAAAAAGAAAAGUGGAUGACAUUACACGAGCUAUUAAUAGAUAUGGAUGGCAAGCAAUUGGCAUCCAUGGAGAUAAGAGUCAGCAAGAAAGAGAUUAUGUAUUAAAUCAAUUCCGGAAUAGCAGAUCUGCAAUACUAGUUGCUACGGACGUUGCAGCAAGAGGUUUAGAUGUAGAAGAUGUCAAAUUUGUGAUAAACUUGGAUUAUCCAUCCAACUCUGAAGACUAUGUUCAUCGUAUUGGACGUACGGGACGAUCGCAACGAACAGGAACUGCAUAUGCUUUUUUUACACCUGGAAAUGCGCAUAAAGCUAGCGACCUAAUUCAAGUGUUAGAAGAAGCAAAACAAGUUGUUAAUCCUAAACUUUAUGAACUUUCGAGAAAUCCAGGCAUUUAUAAACGAGGUCGUUACAGUGGUCGUAAUAGUGGAAAUGGUAGCCGAGGAUCUGGUGGCCGUGGUGGUGGUUCACGAGGAUCACGUGGUGGUGGGCGUGAUGGAGGUGACAGAAGUGGGAGAUUUGAUCGUAGUGGUGGUAGUGGCAGUGGCGGUGGAAGCGAUCGUGGAAAUAAAUGGGGUGGAAGUAAUAGCGGUGGUAUGGGAGGAGGUGGUUAUGGCAAUAAAUCAUUUUCUCAGAGUAAUUUUGGUGGAGCUUCCAGUGGUAGUGGCUCAAGUUAUAGUCAAAAUGGUGGUUCAUAUGGAGGAGGUGGUGGUGGUGGAAGCAGUUACAGACAACAGAAUGGUUAUUAACAUCGAUAUAGAUUAUUCCAGAAUAAAAUUUUAUUUAUGUAAUAUAGGAAGGAAAGAGAAUAAAAAGAGAACUACACUUUCUAAUAUAGAAAAUAAUAUUUUCCAUACGCGCUUCUCAUUGUGAAUGAGGAAACAAAUGUAGUACGUAAAUACACACAAUUGUAUGACGUCAUGCUUUGUUUAAAAUCUGUACACAAUAUACAAUAUUUUAUAGAAAUUAAUAAUAUCAAUCUUAAAUAACACGCAGUAUAGUCUUCAAAUAUUAAUAAUUUUUAUAUUAAGUAUAAUACAUUCUAAUUUUGUAUGUAAUACAUAAAUAUAAAAGUAAAAUGAUGGUAUAUUUGCUAAAAUCGUUGAUGACAAUGAUACAUUAUGAAAGUAAUUAAAUAAUCACAUAGAAAUAAGUUAUGAAACGUUGAUUUAUAAAGUUAUAAGCAGGAGACAUCUACGUUAUCUCUUGCUAUUUUUACGAUUAUCUUUAUUAUGAUUUAAGAUAAGAAUUUAUAUAAUUUUUGUCUGACAGAUCUGUAGAAUAAGAUUCUCUGGUCAUUCAUUGAUCGAUCAAACAUCAUGUGUUUAGGUCAGAGUUUAUUUCGUUACUUGGACAAUAAUCUUACAUUGUAUCGCAUUAAUACAUUGAUCGUUAAUGAAGAUAGCAUAAUAGAAAACUUUCGUUUUAACUUUUCAUGUAUCAAUAGAAGUUUUAUAAUUAACAGAUAUGUACGAUAGAUGUUAGUAAAAUUAAUAUGAGGAAUAUUUUCAAACAAGUAUA